AUGCUAUCGCAAUCCACUCUGGCCUGCUUCCUCAUCCUCCUCCUAGCCUUCACCUCAUAUCAAGUCGUUUCCCUCACGGCGCCGGACAGCCAGACUGCAAAGCAGUUGGAGGCGGAUUUGUUCGACACAGCCGACUUGGUGGAUGGGGAGAAGGCACUCGAUGACAUGGAGACAGAACACAUAGGCCCAGUUGACGAAGCUGACACAUCCGACGGUCAGUGUGAAGUUCUCGUGCGGGCCGGAUGGUGUCGCUUCCGACGAAUCCUAAGCCGUGCUUUGCGAAGAGUGCGUGAAAAGAUUUGA